AUGAUGUGUCUGAAUAGGAUACACCGUGUUCCUAUCAUACAGUUCGAUGAGAACUACGCCAAAAGUGAAGCAAGAAAACAGCAAGGCACGCUAUUGUACGUCCUUAGUCUCAGGAAUGUAUUCACACAAACUGUCGUGAAAUUGUCCAAUCCAAAUCCUUCGUUAUGCUCUCAUAUCAAGCAGAAAACAGUCUGUGAACGAAGAGUAGGGACCUGGACUCGAGUGCAAACGGUACGUUUGUUUCAUACAACUCCCGCUAACAGAGAUCUCAAACAAAUGCUUGAACUGAAAGCUUCGUAA